GGAGCGUGUAACGGAGCACAAACAGUUCAAGCCCUAGCAACUCGGCUAGCUGACGAGGCCUUCGACGACACGGACGUCCAUAAUCACUUAUAUAAAAGCAAGUGCCGUUAUAUGCCCCAAUUCCCAGCGUCGCCCGUACUGCCCUCCAUGUGGGUGAGGGACCUGUGUGUGUCGGAUUAUGGCGAGAAAAACAGUUAGCAGGAAAAGGAAGGCAGGGGAGCUCAAGGAACAACAGCUUGAUUGGUGCCAGUCUGUAUAUAAGCGUGCCCGUGUAUCUGCCACAUCUCGUCAUGCCCAGCAGUGGUGGCAGGGCUGUCAGUCCAUGGUGUCCGCCAUCCGCGGGCGGGAAUUUCGUCCGCAAAAGCAGCUCGAGUGGAGGUUCCAGCGCAGCUUGCGUGGCUUCGCUGCAGGUCGAAUCCCAGGAAUCCUCAAAGAGCGCGAGUUUUCUCUGGGUUGCCUUAACAAGGUGUUCGCCUCUCAGUGGCUCAAUCAGCGUCAGGUGGUGUGCGGGACCAAAUGCAACACGCUGUUUGUAGUAGAUGUGCUCACGGGGCAGAUUACCCGGAUCCCGAUGCUAAAGGACAGAGAAGGACUGGGCGGAGGCUCCCUGGGCAUGGGCGUGAUGAGCAACACGGUCUUUCAGAACCCAGGAUUAGCUGCUGGCCUGGAUGCCCAGCAGGGCUGUGGCAUCCAUGCCAUCGAGCUCAACCCUUCACGAACCCUACUGGCCACUGGAGGUGAUAACCCGAACAGCCUGGCCGUCUAUCGACUGCCCACACUAGACCCCGUCUGCGUCGGUGAUGAUGGUCACAAUGACUGGAUCUUUUCCAUUGCAUGGAUCAGUGACACCAUGGCUGUAUCAGGUUCUCGGGAUGGCUCUAUGGGAUUGUGGGAAAUCUCCGAAGAGGUACUAAGUAUGGCAGAGAUGCAGCAGGCUGAGGAAGGAGUCCCGAGCUACGCCCACAUCUCCCACCGUGCCCUUAAAGACAUCCCUAAGGAGUACACCCACCCAUACAACUGCAAAGUGCGCGCCCUAGCUUUCAAUAACAGCCAUAAGGAACUGGGUGCUGUUUCUCUAGACGGAUAUUUUCAUUUAUGGAAGGCCGAGGACAACCUGUGUAAGGAGCUCUCCACGAAGCUUCCAUACUGCAAGGAGAACGUGUGUCUGGCGUACGGACUGGACUGGUCCGUGUAUGCGGUGGGCUCUCAGGCUCACGUGUCCUUCCUCGAUCCUCGGCAGUCUUCCCAGAACAUAAAUUCUGUGAGCUCCAAAGAGCGUGGCAGUGGAAUUCGCUCCGUCAGUUUCUACGAGCACAUAGUGACAGUGGGCACAGGACAAGGCUCCCUGCUCUUCUAUGACAUCAGGGCUCAACGUUUCCUCGACGGUCCAUCCAAUUCACCCGGCGGGUACCGGAAGACCCCUCCUACAGAAAGCAUCCUCAAGCUCACCACGGGAAGAGGCUGGCUGAACCAUGACGAAACGUGGAGAAGCUAUUUCUCAGAUAUUAGCUCCUUCCCCAACGCCGUCUACACACACUGCUACGAUGACUCUGGAACUAAGCUGUUCGUGGCUGGCGGACCUCUCUGCUCGGGACUACAUGGAAAUUACGCCGGGCUCUGGAGCUAGCUUUGCUCGCCUUUCUAGCCGUCCCUGCUUAACUUCACUAUACAUCCCCCCACUCAUCAUUGCAGCUGUCUGUCUGUCUUCAUUCAUCUGUCUGUUUCUGUUUUCACUGGACUCAGGAGCGUCAAACAUGCUUCUCACUUUUUUAAAUGGUGUGUAUUAGUAAAAUUUGUCUGCCCCCUUUUUUCUCGUUCACGUGCUGUCUUUUCUUGGCUGUUAAUUUCUUUUACGUGAGUGACGAAGCAGAGUUUUGAGCCGCAGCAAGACCUGUACUUGGUUGGACAUAGUCCACGGUCAGAGACUCGCCUCAGAACUCUGACAAAGUGUGACCAUGUUAAACUGUUUCGCAGCCUCUUCAGGACCUCGGACGUUCACUCGGUUUGUACUGUUUUUGUUUCGCAGUAUUUUGGUGUAAUGCGUUCUAAAGGGUCGGAGACUGGCAAGAGUCUGUUAUUUUAUUUAGUUCGGACUAUUUGAUGAGCCGUCGAUCUGCCAUGCUCUUGCUUUGCAGGGGACUGAAGUGUGGACAAGAGCAAACAAAAGAAGACUGUCUUGUAGCAGAACUUGACUCUGACUCUGGGUUUUGUUGUGCCAUAUUAUGCCACGAUGAUCACUAAGGGACUGAUGAAUGCAAACAGACAAAAAGCCCAGAAAUGAUGUCGGAAUGAAACCUGGAUUUUGCGGUCAUUUUUUUAAUUUGUUUGUUGUUUGUUUCCUCUGAGUGGGUAAAGUGUUUUUUUUUUUUUGUUUUUUUUGUUUUUUUGGUCUUUUGCUCUGAGUAAGACUAGCGCACAUCAUAUCGGUAAUGCCGUUAUGUUUUUUUUUUUUUUUCUCUUUAUUUUUCCUCCUUCAGCAACUAUAAUUUAUUUCCUGCACUUGUUCAUCUCUAGCGCUCAUGCUGCUGAAAUACAAUCGUUUUUUUUUUUUUGUGUUUUUUUUUUUUUUUUUUCUCCUUUUUGUUAGAAUCGUUGCUUCUGAGCUCCAGUCAGGGGAAGAUGACCCGGCGUGCUUUUCUCGCCUUUCCGAGCAAAGGCAGGGCAGUAGUCAGUUACAUUGUUGCCUUUCCUAAGUCUUUCUGUGAAAGACUUUUGUGAGUCAACUUUUUUUUUUUUUUUUUUUUAACAUGAAACCUUCACGGAUCAUUGCAAAGAAAAAAAAAUAGAACAAAUAGAGCAGAUUGUGGUUAAGACCCUAUAUUAAACAAAUAACCAUCACUUUUAAAAUGUAUUUUAUAUAUAAAUGUGUAAACAUAUUUGGAAAUCUUAUAUAGAGAGAAUACAUUUUAUGUAAAUGUUUGGAAAUGUAUGUGUGUGUGUGUUUGGACUAACCGUCAUUACUUUGGUGGUGCCCUCUUUUUUUUAUACACACUGAGUGUUUUUACAACUUGCCAAGUCUGAAAAAAAAAACAUGAAACACGGCAAACCAAUUCAAGAAACUGUUUAAUGAGAAAAUAAUGAAUAAAAGUCUAUUGAUGUA